AUGGGAUAUAAACCUUCAAUACAAGGGCAAUAUUCAAGGUUUGUUUCAGCAAACCUUCCCCUUUUGAAAUCUCAUGUAGACGCAGAGCGGAUUAUCAAUUCAAGAACACAGACGUUUUCUAAAGAUUUACUAAUUGAAGUAUGAAGAGAUAUUCCUACGGAUCAAAAGCCAGAUUUCCCAAAAUAUAUUUCUUCAGAAUUUGAAGAUGAGCCUCACCAAACAAAAAAAGAAAUUUCUACAAUGAGACUGAAACUUUAUAAGACCAAUUUUCUCAAGAUAGCAACACCAAAAGGCAGCUUUAAUUCAAAUAUAUUAACUGGAAGAUCUACAUCGAGAGCAGCCACACCUUCACUUGCUCAGAGCUUAUCUACAAAAAGAAUUAAUCGGCUAAAAUUACGCACACCUCUUCCAUCAGCAUCAUCUAAGCGUGAAUCGCCAGAACUAAUACAAAUUUUCACUGAAUUUCAAACCCCUACUGAGUCUUCAAGAAAGCUUACCUUAAAAUCUUCGUCACCUGAUACAACUCGAGUGAAAGAAAAAGUGAGAAUUUUGAAGCAAAAAAUAAAAUUCCCUAAUGAAAACGCAGUUAAAUAUAUUUCUAAAUUUUUUGAAAGCGAUGAAGGAAAGCAGCGGCUAAAGCCAGAAUCCCAACAAUAUUUUGGCAUCAUUUCUGAAAUUCCUUAUAAAUUAUAUUUAGGGCUCCCAGAAAGGCAUGGGUCUCUUUAUAUAACAGACAUCAAAGGUGCUAACGAUUUGAGUCAACUAAGAAAGCUACAUAUAUAUGCCAUUCUUACACUAGGACUCUCCAAUGCUCCUUAUGUUUAUACAUUUAUUAAAGGUGGCUACAUGACUAUUAAUAUAGAAGACGAUGAAGUAUAUGAGCUUCCAAAUGUUCUUCCGAAGGCAACCAAAUUUUUAGACCAUCAUUUGAAAAAUGGAAAUGUGUUGGUCCAUGAUUAUUAUGGAAUGAACCGAUCCUGUGCUGUUGUGGUAUUAUAUUUGAUGAAAAAAUACUCGAUGAAAAUGUAUAUGGCAAUUAAAGCAGUAACUGAAGUAAGGCCCAUUUGCAUUAAAAUGCGGCACGUAUCAGCCUCUUGGCGCACUGGGAAUGGUUGCUAGUCAAGAAUCAAGUGCAGCCUUAGGUGAUGUGUAUCCGGGGGUUUUGUUUGCCUUCCUGCGAUUGGAAAUGGAGGUGCUGAAAAAUGUCCGUUUGAUCUAAGGACCUAUGGGCAUUCCUCUGCCAAGAAAGGGGUUUAGUACUAGGCCACAAGGAAAAAGCCUUUUUCCUGGUGCUGUCAAAGGAUGGCACUUUGGCAUCCGACAGAUUUCAAAGAGUUGAUCCUUAAAAUCAAGCUACUUCAAUCGCCCGCCCGCGAAGGAACGCAGAAAUUCAUAAAGCCAUCCGCUCAAGAGCAGCAAGUCAAGGAGGAGAAGUAGGCACCGGAAGAGGAACCCGUUUCAGGUGAUAAACCCCUUGGGGUGGAGUCGAAAAGCAGUUUAACCUUGCGUACGGGAGGUAUUUGGUGAAUGCUUUAACGCCCGACUUUAAUUAAUCUAAAUUAACUGAAGGAAGGCCAUGCUGUGAUAUAAGACCUGAGUUUAAGUCUUUGAUUGAAAGGUUCCAAAUUAGAGGAGAGCUAUAA